AUGAACUUAGAAGCUCAAGGAUUUGAACAUACUGUAUUGGAAGUAAAAGAAAAGGAUCCAAUAGAUGGAACUCAAGCUACCAAAUUAAAAGUAGCUACAAAUCAAGAAAAGGCCAAAGCCUUAGUCCUCUUGAGGCAUCAUAUUCAUGAUAACCUUAAAUCUAAAUAUUUAUUCAUAAAAGAUCCCAAAACAUUGUGGGACUCUCUUGUUGAAAGAUUUGAUCACCACGAAAGGGUGCUUUUUCCACAAGCUAGCCAUGACUGGAAGAAUUUAAGAUUUUCUGAUUUUAAGACUCUCACACAUGCUGUUGAAAAUAAAGGCCGUGGAAAUUAUAAUAACCGUGGUAGAGGACGCGGAUAUUUUCGAGAAAGAGAACGAGGACAAGGUCGUGGAAAUUUUAAUGGCCAUGGUAGAAAGUUUCAAGGAUUCGGUAGAGGCAACUUUCCCCAAAAUUGUCAAAAUGGUCAUUACAAUAAUAAUUCUCGAAGGGGAAAACAAGUUGGAUAUCACAACAAAAAUAACCAUCAAGAAGGAGAAGAAAGUAUUUGUUACAAAUGUGGCAUGACAGGUCAUUGGGCACGUACAUGUCUUACUGUUAAACAUUUGGUGGAGCUGUAUUUAGCUUCCCAAAAGAAAAAGGGAAAAGAUACGGAUUAG